AUGAAGUUCCUCGGUACCGUCACCGCUCUGGCUGCGGUUAAUCUUUCCGCUUUUGCUUCUCCCGUGGGCGAGAUAGGCACUUCCAUUGUUGAGCAGCGCGCCCCUUUCGUAACUUGCAAACCAAUAAAUUUCUCAACAAACAAGGUUGAUCUCCAGAAGGUGGAUUUAGCUACGGCAGCAUCUGAAGCUCGCCGAGCUGGCCUCGUCCCUGGCCUGAGUGGCGAUCCUCAUCGCUUCAUGAACGGUGAGGGGAUCAAAUGGGGUGUGCGAAACUGCGAUCUGAAUGGUGCUAUUCUUUUUGAAUUUCCAAUCUACAAAGUCGGCAUUAAGAAGACUUGGCAGAAGGAUGCCAAAACCAAAGGUCAAACACUCGCCGAUAUUCGCACCGUGUAUGCGAAUGUCAACGGCGGUAUCGUGUUGUGUGGUGCGAUGACGCAUACUAAGAUCAACAUACCUAUCGAGAAGCAAGGGGCGGCUCUACUACAAACAUAG